AUGGCCAAAGCCAAGCCCAAGCUUAAGAAGCCCGCCUCGGCCAAACGCAAGCGCGGUGACGACGAGUCGGCGGGCUCAAGUGCCCCCGACGGCGCCAUAGUCGACGACAGGACAUGGACCAACGGCGACUUCACACUCAUCAGCUCGGACAAUGUGCGGUUCCGCGUCGAUGGUGUGCACCUCUUCUCCCCGAGCGCGGUGUUUCGCGCCGCGGCCGACCUGAACCCCCGCGACAGGACGGCACGCUUCACCGACACCGAGUACGAGACAGCUUCCGUCGUGAAGAACUUUCUCGACUUUGUCGUCAAGUUCCGCACGAGCCAGUUCAAGGAGCAACACCGACGCAUGUACAUCUCGCGGGAGGGCGUGUCGCCUUUUGUCCAGCUUGCGCGCUUUCUGCACAAGUACGACAGCCGUGUCGAGCUGCGCCGCCUUCUGUACGUGUUUGGCAAGGAGGUCGGGCACAGCUACGACCUGUACGCGCGCGACAGCUUCAUCAUCGCCGCGCUCGCCGGCGACGUUAACGCGUGCUCCGACGCCAUUGAGGCCACCAGCGGCGCGAGCGAUAAGGGCACCAGCGACUCGUUCAUGGACCUGCACGCGCUUGUUCCUGCCAAUAUCCCGCCGGUUGUCAAGGAGAUGAUCCCCGCGCACUACUGGGUCGCGCUGUGUAAGGGCUGGGAGAGGAGCGGCAAGCACCGCAACCGCAGCGAGUGGGCGCACCACUUUGAGCUGCUCAUUGACGGUGGUGCGAGCAAGUAG